GUGAACGUUUGAUAUUCACACCGUUAAAAUCUCUCUGCGAUACCCGAUCCGCCUCGCUCGGUUCAGCCACCAUGCAAUUGCUCCUUCAGAUUCUCUCGUUUACAUUCCUCCUCUUCAUCGUCCACACGACAGCGUCUCCCUUGUGGUGGGAUGACCACCCGGAGCCGCCGACCGGCACGACCGGCGACUUCAGCUACCCAAUCCGCCCUCGCGACCCAGCCAACACGUCCGUCAACCCUGAAGCCGUGACCGGAACGACUUGCAUAGAUCCCACGGCGGUUCUCAAUACGCACGAUACCAACGUCGCCAUUCUGUCCAUCUGCGGCGGUAUCGCCGGGUCAAUAGAGUUUUGUGGCGGCGACCCAUCAACGACAGUGGGGGCCUCGGGAACCUCGAAGUUUACAUUGACAGCCGUGAAUGCAGCCCAGGGCGCCACGAUCAACGUGAGCAAGGGAAGAUGGGAAGGGUGUGUGAGAGCGGCACAAGCAGUCUGUCCGACAGGGACGUACAGCAGCACUUGUGUGGGCGGGACCAGUGACGGGGCCGGGUUCACCUUUGUGUUGAGUGAGAAUAAUUGA